UAUAAAAACCCUCUACCACCAUCACCACCACCCAUCACAUUGCCUUCUUGCCAAGCACAAUACUGCAUCAGACAUGGCCGAGCCGCACCACAACACGGAAACGGCGUCGGAAGAAGCCCACAACCCACCCGCUGAAAAUGAGGUCGGUAUCAAGGAGAGGAAGGUCUCGUGGGCCAAGCUCCGCCGCGUAGACUCCCUCAACAUGGAGGCCGGAAAUGUUUCCUUCAAACCCACCCAUCACGCCUCCACCCAGGUAAGUUGGGGGAGGACAUUGAGCCUAGCGUUCCAAAGCGUGGGAAUAAUAUACGGAGACAUCGGAACGUCGCCGUUGUAUGUUUUCGACAGCAGUUUCGACGGCACCAUCAAACACAAAGACGACAUAUUGGGCGUGCUAUCCCUCAUCAUUUACACCUUCGUUUUAAUACCCAUGAUCAAAUACGUCUUCAUCGUUUUAUGGGCUAAUGACAAUGGCGAUGGAGGAACGUUUGCACUAUACUCCCUGAUAUGCCGGUACGCAAAAGUGGGGCUGAUCCCCAACGAUCAACCCGAGGAUCGGCAGCUCUCGAACUACCGGCUCGAUACGCCGUCAAACCAGCUGCGUCGGGCUCAGAAGAUCAAACACGCACUCGAGAGAAGCCUGACUGCCAAGAUCAUCCUCUUCCUCGCAACAAUCCUCGGAACUGCCAUGGUUAUCGGUGAUGGCGUUCUCACUCCAUCCAUCUCAGUUCUCUCCGCUGUUGAAGGAAUCAAGGGGCUCGGCCAAGAUGCGGUUGUGUACAUUUCUAUAGCCAUAUUGAUAAUCCUCUUCAGCGUGCAACGCUUCGGAACUGACAAAAUCGGGUACUCGUUUGCUCCGGCGGUUUGCAUCUGGUUCAUGCUGAUAGCCGGCCUUGGCUUGUAUAACUUGUUCAAACACGACAUCACCGUUUUGCGCGCCUUCAAUCCUGUGUAUAUUAUCAAUUACUUCAAAAGGAACGGCAAAGAGGGAUGGGUCUCUCUAGGAGGAGUCGUUCUCUGCAUCACCGGGACCGAAGCCAUGUUUGCUGAUCUAGGCCACUUUAAUGUACCUGCUGUCCAGAUAAGUUUCUCAGGAAUUGUGUUUCCGUCUCUUCUGACGGCAUACAUUGGACAAGCUGCAUAUCUUUCCAAGUUCCCGGAUCAUAUUGGCAGCACAUUCUACGAUUCCGUACCAGAUCCUUUGUACUGGCCUACAUUCGUGGUAGCAAAUGCUGCGGCCAUCAUCGCCAGUCAGGCUAUGAUAUCGGGGGCGUUUGCCAUCAUCUCCCAGUCGCUGAGCCUGAGCUGCUUCCCAAGAGUGAAGGUGGUCCACACCUCAGCUAAAUACGAGGGCCAGGUCUACAUCCCCGAGAUCAACUACGUUCUCAUGAUCGCCUGCGUCCUCGUCACCUACGGCUUCAAAACCACCGAAAAGAUAGGCCACGCUUAUGGUAUUGCAGUGGUUGCUGUGAUGGUCAUAACCACACUGAUGGUGACCCUAAUCAUGCUGAUGAUAUGGAAGACCAAAAUCUGGUGGAUUUUGUCCUUCUUCAUAGUAUUCAUGUCUCUGGAGAUGGUGUAUUUCUCAUCAGUGCUAUACAAAUUCACCCAGGGAGGUUACCUCCCAUUAGCCCUGUCUAUAGUGCUUAUGACCAUGAUGGCCAUCUGGCACUACGCCCAGCAGAAGCGCUACGUGUAUGAGCUCGGGAACAAGGUCUCCACCGGCCACGUGCAGGAGCUGGUGAAGAGCAGUGGUGUGGCCAGGCUCCCCGGCAUCGGCCUCCUGUACUCGGAGCUGGUGCAGGGGAUCCCGCCCAUGUUCCCUCACUUCAUCUCCAACAUCCCAUCGAUGCACAAUGUUGUAAUCUUCGUCUCCAUUAAGUCCAUCCCCAUCAGCAAGGUCGCGCACGAGGAGCGCUUCCUCUUCCGUCAGGUGGAGCCCCUCGACGCCAGGAUAUUCCGCUGCGUCGUCCGGUAUGGAUACAAGGAUAUAAUCGAGGAGUCCGACGAGUUCGAGCGGCAAUUGGUCGACAAUCUCAAAGAGUUCAUCAGGCACGAGCAUUUCAUGAAUACCACCGCCGCCGAUCAACACCACCACAACAACGCUCCGAUUAUUGCCGAGUCGGGUCCGAUUGCUAGGAAAUCGACUUCCUCCGUGGUCCACGUGGAGGAGGCGCUGCCGAUCCAGUCCUUUGGGAGGUCGGCGAAUUCGUCGGACGGGGUGAGGGUAAUGGCGGCGAUUCCGAGCGGGGCGGAGGAGGAGACGAGGGCAGUGGAGGCGGCGAUGGAGCAGGGGGUGUUCUACCUGAUCGGAGAGGUGGAGGUGGUGGCGGCGCAGGAGUCGUCGUGGAUGAAGAAGUUUGUGAUAAACUAUGCUUACAGUUUUCUGAGGAAGAAUUUCAGGCAGGGGGAGAAGAUGCUGGCGAUACCAAGGAACAGGCUUCUUAGGGUUGGAAUGACCUAUGAAGUGUGACUUACUUACUAUAUACUCCUACUUGUAAUAUGGUUUUCCUGAGUGGAUAUGUAUGUGUUGUAUGUUUGCUAAAUUUUCGGUCGUUUUAUUGUGGCAUGGCAUGUAAAGUGUUUCAUGUGUGU